GCUGUCUUCAAGCGACCAACCUCCUCCCACGGCAUCGCGCUCGACGCCAGACCUCUCAUCUCCCAAUUUUCGAUCACCAAGAUCACUAAACUUUCCAAGACGGUUAUGGUGGAGAGGUGUUGGCGCGCAUGGGCGUGCGCACUAGUCCUGGUGGGCGUGGCGGAGGGCGUGGCUUCGCAGCGUGACCUCACCUUGCCACUCUUCCAGGAGGAGGAGGCGAGGUUCCCUGUCUUCUUCAACAUUCCUGAGCCAAGAGCCGAGGCGAGCAAGCGGCAGUCGUUCAGCGCGUGGGGGGGGAAGCGGGCCAGCUGGCACCCGGCCUUGCGGUCGGGCUCGGGCCUCCCCCUCAGCCUGAGGGACAUUUACCUACACCUUUUCAAGCAAGCAAGAUACCAGCCCUCCUCCGACGGGGAGCUGAAACGAGCCUCCUUCAGCCCCUGGGGCGGAAAACGCGCCAGUUCUCAGUACCUCUCCCUAGCACGCUCCCCAUUCGAGGACGCCCCCGAGGGACCCCUGGGGAAAAGGCCCGCCUUCAGCCCGUGGGGAGGGAAGCGGUCCUCUUCUGCAGGCCUCGCACUCAAUGACCUCGACAUGGGCUCUUCGGCGCAGCUGGCCGAGUCCCUGGGGGCGACGGGGAAGCGCGUGGCGUUCUCGCCGUGGGGAGGGAAGCGCUCUGUUCGAGCCGUUUGGGGCGGACAGGGAGAUGCCCUGGCUCUGGACGCUCCAGAGAUGCUCCUAGAUGGCGACGAAGAGGACACUGAGGACGACAUUUUCCCUUCUCCAGCCACCGUGCACGACGCCCCGGGGCGGUUCAAGAGAAUGGCCGAGGGAGAUGACGGAGCCACUCCUGCCGAAGCCAUGGGUGAGGAACUCCACGACAAGAAUGCCACGAGGAGCGCCAGAGACACGCAAGCUCUCAGCAACGCAGCUACCCAGUGGAACGCCCCAACACCCGCACUGCUGGAGAGGAGGGCGUUCAGCGCAUGGGCGGGGAAGAGAGCGGAUGGAGAGAACGUUAAGCGACAAGCCUUCAGCCCUUGGGCAGGAAAACGGAGUUCUGACGACGAAAAGAGACAAGCCUUCAGCGCCUGGGCGGGCAAGAGAUCCGACGUCGACGAAAAGAGGCAGGCCUUCAGCGCUUGGGCGGGCAAGAGAUCUGACGACGACGAAAAGAGGCAGGCCUUCAGCGCUUGGGCGGGCAAGAGAUCUGACGACGACGAAAAGAGGCAGGCCUUCAGUCCCUGGGCGGGAAAGAGAUCCGACGACGACGAAAAGAGGCAGGCCUUCAGUCCCUGGGCGGGAAAGAGAGCCUUCGGCGAUGAAAAGAGACAAGCUUUUAGUGCCUGGGCUGGCAAACGCGCCUCUGACGACGAAAAGAGACAGGCUUUCAGCGCCUGGGCUGGGAAAAGAACUUUUGAUGAGGAAAAGCGUCAGGCCUUUAGCCCCUGGGCUGGGAAGAGGGCAGACGACGAAUUAAAAAGACAAGCCUUCAGUCCCUGGGCCGGAAAGCGGGCCUUCAGCGCUUGGGCAGGGAAGCGGACUUCGGAGGAUGAGAAGAGACAGGCUUUCAGCGCCUGGGCGGGAAAGAGGGACAACAGUGAAGAGAAACGGCAGGCCUUUAGCCCUUGGGCGGGAAAGAGAGCCUCUGACGACGAGAAGAGACAGGCCUUCAGCCCCUGGGCAGGAAAGAGGGCCUUCGAUGAAGAGAAACGGCAGGCCUUCAGUCCUUGGGCAGGAAAACGGUCCCCUGACGAUGAAAAGCGACAGGCCUUCAGUCCCUGGGCCGGAAAGAGGGAUUUCAGCGCCUGGGCAGGGAAGAGAUCCAGCGGCGAGGCAGACGAGAAGCAACCCUUCAGUGCCUGGGCAGGAAAGCAGUCCGAAGAAGGACAGGACCACGAAUUUCCUUUCUUAAAAAUGCCUCCGCAAGCAUGGACGAGAGAGGAAGCUGUCGCGCACAGCCUCUAGUGAGCACUUGGAUCACCUUUGUUCCACAAGUUAAUUCCUGAGGUCUAUCAAAUAUACAAACACAUACAU